GACCCGGUGCCCGUUUCCGAUCCUCCGCAGCGGAAUCCCGCGGAACUGCGGUUAUAUGGCCUUGGAACUGCCAUGUUGUCCGCGUUCUGGCGCCAUAUUUCCCGUCUCAGUCUUGGCUGAAUUAUUUGCUUACGAUUGACAUUGUGAUCGGCGCGAUGGACCCCCCGACUCCGGCCCCGCGGCCGUCCACGCCUCCGCCGCCGCCGCCCGAGCCGCCGGUCGCGCGCCGUCUGUCGGUGCGCAACACGCCGACGCUGCGCAGCGCGCGGCGCGAGCAGCUGGCGGAGGCGCGCGAAGAGACGGAGACGGCCGCCGAGCCGGCCGAGCCGCAGCCUGAGCCCGAGAGCAAGGACGUGAAACCCAGCCCGGCCCGCUCGGCCUGCCGAAAACGCGCCAGAGAUACGACAGAAGACGAUAAAAAGCCAGAAGGCCCGCCGGAGAAAAGCAAAAGGACCUGGGAGAAGUGGUCACCAUCAGAUAAGACGGUGUUCUUUGAAGCUCUGAAUGACUUCGGGAAGAACUUUCAGGCACUGCAGAACUACAUUGCCAAGAAGAAAAUGAAGAACAAGGCUGGUCAAGAUCAAGUCCGCAACCGUGAUCAGAUUCGCUUCUUUUACUACAGGACUCUGAACAAAAUCUCCAAAUACGUCCAGUUUCCUCCAGACGUGAAGCGUUCCAUCCAGGAGAUCUACCUGCUGGUCAACUACGGCGAGCUGCGGAAGCGGAUCGGCAUGUUGAACGAGCGCAGCGGACAGCGCCUGAACGAGUUGGUGUACCGCGGCAGUACCACCGUCCGGCUCCGGGGCAAGACGUACCGCAUCCGAACGCCCGUCUGCCGCGCGCUGAAGAAAAUCAACAGGAUCCAAGACCCAGCCGAGGAGCCGUUCGUCCGUCUGCCGGCUCGUACCCAGCUGGAGCUCACACCGGCCACCAACGAGGCCUGGUACCACGUGCAGUCUCUGUCUCACAACCCCCGGCUACGUGCCACACUGCCACUCCAGUACCGGCUCAGAACGCUGGUACUGGCCCUGGAGAAAAGAUGGAAAACCGAGGCCGACAGAGCUUUGGAGAAGGUGUGCGGUGACGAGCCUGCCCCCGUUCCGGCCCGUCGGCUGGUGCUCCGCGCCACAUCCGACUACAAACUGUCAGCUCAGGUGAUCCGCCCUGCGCCUCCAGCCCCCGUGGUAAACCUGAGCUUCGAGCGCUACCAGGAGCGGAUGAUGCUGCUCUCUGAGCCGCCGGCACCGCGCACACCCACCCCCCAGCCGCCGCCCGCGCCGGCGCCCACCACACCCGACUGUGGCGUCCGACUGAGCUUCGAAAACGUUCUGGAGGAGCUGCAUUCGGUGUCGGAUUCGGUGGGUGCAGGCAGUGCGGGGCCAAAGAAAGCCGGUGAGGAUGCGUCGUCGGCCGGGGCGAAACGAGAGUCCGCUGGUGAUGAGGCAGAGUCUGAGCUUUCACGACAGGAAGAGGUGAAACAAAAGGAGGCAAGGAAGCAGGAGGAAGCGCGACAAAGACAGGAGGAAGCGAAGCAGAAGCUGGAGGAGGCGAGACAGAAACAGGAAGAUGCUCGCAGGAGGCUGCGUCAGGAGCGGCUCAGGAAGCAGCUGGAGGAGGCGGAGCGGAGGAGGGACGAGGAAGAGCAGCGGGAGGAGCAGGAGCGGUCGCGGCUGGAGGAGGAGAGGAGGGAGGCCGAGAGGACACAGCGCAGUGAGCUGAACACGGGCUGGACGGCGGAGACGGCCGGCACCCGGACAGUCGGCGAGCUCUACAUGAUGGUGAAUCGUCCAGACACCAUCAAACUGCAAUACUUCUGGCUGCCGAAGAACGUCUCCCUCAAACAGCUGAACGCUGAGGGCAAGGAGGAGACUAAAGAGGAGACGAACGGGACGGCGCCGACGGCUGAGGUGGUGCCCGCCGAGCCUGCGCCCUUCGGAGAGCCCUCCGACCAGCUGAAGAAAUGGGCGCUACAGGUGGCGGCCGCCCGGGCGCUCACCGAUACCACUGCCUCAGGGGCGGACAGCGAGGCCUCCCGCAAGGUGAAGAUGCUGACGUCGAUGCUGGCCCAGCUGUUAAACGUCGCACGGCUGGCCAAAAUAAAGACGGAAACACGGGGCCGCGUGUUCCCGGCCGGACCCCUGGUCACCACAGGUACCCAGACACCGCCCAGCAUGGCGCACCGACCUCUCCCCGGCCGGGAGCCCCUCUACUACGUGGCGUCGGGACCGCGCCGGCCGGGCGGACCUCAGGAGCCCGGCGCGCGGCGACCGAUCCCCAUCGCUCCAGCAAUGACCCGCGCGAGGCCUCAGCUGCCGGCGGCCGGCACUGGGACGGACGCGGGUGUCAUGAGGCCUCCUCUGGAAACGGCGUUGCGCACUCUGCCUCGCUCCAACAACCGCGCCGGUCGGCCGGGCCGCAAGAGCCAGGUGGUGGUGCAGCGCAUGCUGCCGCUGGUGCCGCGCAACCAGGGCAGCGGCGGCAUCUCCAUGGUCAACCUGCGACUGGUGGCCGGACAGACGCAGACUGCGGGCAGUUUCGUGCCCGUCUCGGUGCCUGUACCCGUCUCCUCAGCUGCGACUCCGGGUAUCACCAUCUCAAUGCCCGUACUGGACACUGGAGACACUAGGGCGCCCGCCCCCGCCCCUCCCCCGCCGCCUCCUCCGCCCCCGCCCCAACCGGGAGGCGAGGAGCCCGCCGCGCCUCCGGUCCUCCACAUCCCGGAGAGGUCCUCCACUCCGGAGAGCCUGCCGCCGCCUCCAGAGUCGGAGUUCUCACUGAACGGCGCCUCGUCAGAUGUGCUGAUGGAUGUCACACUGGCCAACUCCAACUCCAGCUUCUCAGGUUUUCUGGCGUCGUUCGGCCGGGGCGGGGGUGACUCGUCGGUACUCCAGACCCCGACCCGGCCCCUCUGUGAGAACUCGCUGCCGAGGCCCUCCCCGCCGGCCAGUCCACGGGUCUGGAGCGAGAUGGGCGACUUCUCGCUGAGUAGCAUCCUAGGCCACCUGGAGACGAGCAAGCCGCCGUCGAAGGAGUCGCUCUCGGACCCUCUGGCCAUGACGGCAGAGGAGCUGGUGCGACACACUCCCGACAGCUUCGGCUCGCUCGAUCUCGCUGAGGUGGACGAGCCGGCUGCCGCGGCGCCCGCCAGUGGCUCCAGUCAGGGUCUGCCCACCUCCUUCCAGCUGUCCGACCUGAUCCCGGCCGCCUGCGAGGCACCGCUCGCCAGCGGCCAAUCGCCGCCCACCUGACCGGUGAGAGCCAAUCAGCGGUCAGGUGACGGAGUGAGAGCCAAUCAGCGGUCAGCGGAGGGCAUUGGGAGCCAAUGAACGGUCAGGUGGCUAUACCGGGAGCCAAUCAGCGUUGAGGCGAUGUCCUUGAGGGCCAACCAGUGGUCAUCAACAGUCACUGAGGAAAUAAAAACAGACCGACUGAGUAUACACUCUACAAGGCUCCAACCGCCGAAAAGUGACAUUCACCAGGUCGCCUGUAAACCAGCUUAUCCCAGAUAUUUGCUUUUUGAAGCGUGCUCGGCAUGUGGCGGUUGAUUGAGGUACCGAACGAGCCAGUAAUUGCUAGCGGGGACUGUGAUGUUUAUUUUUAAUGCCAUCAGCUCGCAUAUGUGUAUGUUUUUAGUCCGAGCUGGUAGAUCGGCAGUGAUCGGAGCUUGGGCUUUUUUCUUUUUGUAUGAUCUCUAUAAUGGUGACUUUGUUUUGAGUCAUCAUGACUUCAAAGAAGGCUCGAAAAUAACCCACUUUACACGUUUGGGCAUUCGGUCUUAGUGUCUACUUGCCAACUGCGGUAAGCUAGAUUUAAAAUCACCUAUGCUGUUUUCCUUCAAGACAAGAUCCUUUUCGCGGCUAUUCUGGUCAUAUUUCAGUUUCAUCUUAAGUUGCUGUGAUCUGGGCAUUGCCAUUUGUCGCCUGGACAGCUUUAAUGACUCCCUUCUUCGGCAUACUGCUAUCCGUUAACGAUUCUGUGUGUGGCGUACAUAAAGUGGCUGAUAGUGCUUUGAGGCAAUGAAGAGCUUCACGCUUGGGCAGGGUCAGCAAGAAGUGCGCUUGAAGGGAUUGUCUUUCACUGCUGCUGUCGCUGAACAGGGCAAGUUUUGUGGGCGAGUUUUAUGUAUUGUGCGGAAUUUUGUGUAAGCUGUGACCUUUUUGAACUUCGUGAAGAGAAUGUUUGCGUUUGAGAGCUGAGUAGGCUCUUACCUACGCAUUUUCGUGAGUCUUGCUAAUGGAGUCGUAUUGUUUUGGCAUUAAAACACGCACAGUGUUCUCAUUUCAUUCAUGCUUAUUCAAGACACAGUUUUCGUUGAACGUGGUAGGUAGUUAACGUGUCAUCAGAAACUUUUGAAAUGCAGAGCGAAGGCCGGUGAAGAAUGGACCCGGCUCUGUCUUAGUACAAAUGUGCGCCACCAGGCGGCGUUGGCAUCGCUAGCAAUUCUCGGCAGCAAUCGGUGAUCGCUCGAUCAUGAAAAGUACAACUGAACGGCUAGGAGCGGGUGUGUCCAUCGUGCGAGGUGGCUCGCCGCCAUAUUCGGAGCCGCGAAUGUGCGACGUAUUGUACACAAUGCAAUGUUAGUGUUCGAUGAAGAAAAGACAUGCGCACGGAAUUUACCUACCAAUAUACCUUUCAAAGGAG